AUGCUUUCAGAUGUACAAUCUGGCUCCGGUGAGAACCAAAAUUACCCCCUCGACGGUCCUGGGCCUGAACAGAUCUCUCCACCCUUGACCAACAACCGACCGCAGUACGGUGUCACAACCCACACAAGGGAGGCUUCUUUGGUUAGAGGCCGGCCUCAACAAUCUACUUCUCAGUCCUAUGGACCUUCAUAUUUGCCACAUUCCCGGGCUGGCUCUGCUCAGCCUCAGCCUCAUGGAACGGAACCGGGCUUGAGCAACAGAGUCCCCCCUGUGGUCGACACCGGUCUUCAGAGACGCCCCUCCAAUAGCUACGGCCACCACCGUCAAACCUCAGUCAUACAUGGUUUACAGCACUCGAGGGGUCCCAGCUUCAACUCGCCCACCGGCAGUCCUCUGACACCUGAACCAUCUGCCCCAAAUUCCAACUAUGCAGGCUACCCAUCCACGGUUCGCAGAGGCCAAUACUCCAAUACCGAAGGCCCUACCGCUUUCACCUCUCCAGUCUCUCCAUUCCCAGGCCAUACCCAAGGCCAUUCCAUCGACUCACUCAUAGAUACAACCAUUCCCACCAGAGACACCCCACCAGCUCAGCCAAGAAAACGAAAGGAUCAGUCACGGACUCGCCGCGCUCAUGGCUACCAGUCUUCUAGCUCGCAGGCCGAGCCACGUACGCCUGGAGAAUAUGCCCUACACCACUUGUUUCAUGCCUUUGUCUUGAAAGCCGACCAUAGAAUCAGCCAAUGCAUCACCAUCCUCGACUCUUCUGUUGCUCCCGUCGAGCAGGCCUGCGCUCCGGGUGUCGACGUGGGUUUUGACCAGCUCAUAUCUUCUCUAGGCCAUAUUUCCCGCGAGGGUCCAAAGCCAUUGGUGGACAGCUUGAUGUUAUGGCGAAAGGGCAAGGGUGAUACCGCUGCGAACUUGAAGAAGCAAGUAUACCAACAGCGACUCCAAGCCGGAGGCUCAACAGGAAAUCUUCCGAUAGCCCUACCUCGACGGAACACCGAGCCCGUCCAGGGUCCGGGUGAAUCAAAUGUUUCUCAGUCAAAUGCAGAACACGUCUCUUCGUCUGCAGACGAUACUCUGACUCAAGACUACAUUCUCGCCGAUAGGAGAGCCACAAUUUCAGUCUACAUUCUCUGUCGUGUCUUGAUUGCCAUCUUUGAGCAAAGCAACCUGUCCGCCAUAACUCAAGACCUAGCAAGUAAACUUGAAGACAUUGUUUUUACUCAGAUCCGAGAAGUCGAGCCUGCACAGAUCCUGACUUCAUCCAUCCGCUUAUCGAAUUGGAGAAUAUAUGGAGAGGUGCUCGGCCACAUGAGUAGGCUUGAUUUUGUCAACGUAACCGCCCGGUUCACCCAACAGCUUGAUAUUUGGCAGCAAGAAUUCGCCAAGAGCUCCGCCACGACCACUGCUAGAGAUCUAGAGUCAAGACUUGAGUUGUUGUUGUUGGGUAUGCGCCAUCUGCAUAUCAACGCGACUAAGGACUCUUCUUACACUGUAGCCGACUUUCUACGGACAAUGGCGGCUUUGUUUGCAGAUGCCCAUGGCCCUAGAGUCAAACAAGCCUACUGCCAGCUCUUUGAGCGCCUUCUUACUGCGGUAGCAAGCAACCCUGAAUGCUUCCAGGCGGUGCCAAAGUGGAAAGAUCUCAUAGAGGCCAUCAACUUGAGACUCGGAAGUAUGCUGGUCAAAGUCCGACACUGGUCUGCUGGCUUUCCCGUGUCAAUUUUGCUUCUCUGCAUCUCCCCUAUCGAAGUAUUUUCGGUACAAUGGUCUCCUAUGGUUGCAACCUUGGCUCCUAAGCUCAGAGAUAGGUCCACUCGAAGCCAAGCUCUUCAAGCGAUAUGCCAACUUGUCUGGACAUACCUCAUGAGAGUCAACGAGCCCAACCAGAUCAAGCAACGCAGACUCGAAGACAUUAUCAAAAUCACAGUACCACAAGGGAAGAAAACACAUGUCUCCUCUGAUCCCUCAGUAUCGGUUCCCCUGGUACAGCUCAUCAGAGUCAUCGGGUAUGCUUCGCAAGAUUUCUGUUUUAGGACGGUCAUAUUUCCAUUGGUACACUACGACAUGUUUCAAUCAAGUAGAAACCUCAAAAUCGAGAACAUGGAACCUGAGAGAAUGGUCAUAGGUAUUCGUGCGUUUUUGGCGAUCAUGUCUGAUCUAGAAAGAGACGGGUCGGGUGCUCCUCCUUUCCCAGGCUUUAAUCUGCCCACGAACAAUGUUGACGGUCUGCCGUCAUCGCCGAUGAGCAUGCGUACCACUCUUGGUGUUGAGUCUCCGAUACGUACCUCAUUCGAAGAUGACACCCCCCCGUCUGUGCCAGUGAAUGUUUCUCGCCUUGAUGAAAACGCCCGGCAGAUUUACUUGCAAUUCUGUCAAAUACUGGGGAAAAUCACCAUCCUUUGCGAUAACACCUUUGGUGGUCAAGCUACAUUGAACGAAAAGUUCUCCAGCGCGACCAUUGUCCCAAAGACUCCGCUUGUGGACGCAUUUACCCUCACCCGAAAUCAGGAUGGAACGACCACCGAUCAAAGACAGUACUAUUACGAGCUUCUUCAUGUGGCUAUUCAAGCUCUGCCACGGUGCUUUACCGACCACAUUCCUCUCAGUCCGUUGAUCAAUCUGCUGUGCACAGGAUCCGCUCACGUUCAAUCUAAUAUUGCUGCAUCUGCUACUCAAUCACUCAAGGCAAUUGCUCGACAGGGUCAUGCACAAGCCGUGGCAAUCGCUUUCCCCCGAUUCAUCUUUCACUAUGACUUGCAGUACUCGACCAUGUCCGAUGAGGGUCGUCUGGGACCUGCUCACAUCGAGGCUACGCUCUCCUUGUAUCUCGAGUUACUCCAGAUCUGGACAGAACAGCUCAAGCAAAAAGCAGUUGCCAAUUCGCCCGAAGCACGAGAUAGGGUCGGUUCUGCCUCUACGAGGGCGAUGCAAAUGGAACUUACAAAUGUUAUCCCUUUGGUUGACGAGAUCGAGGCGUAUGGGCUUUUCUUCCUUUGCUCACAAUCAAGAAGGGUCCGAACCUUUGCGAUCAAGGUUCUUCGCCUUGUUCUUCAGUUUGACAAGGUCUUGGGUCAAGAUGAACCAUCAAGAAUUAUUAAAAUACUUGAGAAUCAAUCCUCCAAAGUGCUAGAGUUUCACGAUGAUGCGCUGAAUGUGGCUGAGCGCAGUCGACUACAAAAGGACAAACGUGGUGCCGAUGGGCAGAGCACAUUGAUCGAAAUCUGCAGUUCUGAAGUUUCUUAUGACGGAACACUUUGGUUCAAAGCAUUUCCAAAUCUGAUUCGAGUCAUCUUUGAUGCAUGUCCAAAUGCAAUCGCUUUGUGUCGAGGGACUGUCACAGAUAGACUGAUGAUGAUGCAGCGCGACAUAGAAGGUCUGUCAGAAACAAUGACUGGCCAAUCUGCUCUGUACGAGUAUCGUGCUCAGGGGCGGAGCUCUGCGACAUCAUCCGAAGUUCUCUUCGAUCAAUGGAAGCUUUAUCUGAUUAUGGCUUGCGUGACGAUCAGCUCUCCAGGCGCUCAAUCACAGAGCCAGUUGGCCGAAGCAGCGCAUGCACGGAAAACGUCCAGAGGACCAGAGCGCGCACAAGAUAAGCUGAGCUCAGCCCGAGCUUUGUUUUCCGCAAUUAUUCCGAUGCUGGGAGCUACGCCUGAUGCGAUCCGCGAUGCAGUGGUUUCUGCUCUUGGGUCUAUCAACCGUAAGCUUCAUCGAACGCUACUGGAAUCCUUACAAUAUGCUGUCAUAAAAUGCAAUGAUGAAGCCAAGGCAAGGAUCAAUCAUCAACGCACGCCAAGCAGUCCGCAACGUUCACAAAAGACUGAACGUCUCCGUACUGAAGUGACUAACGUGUACAAGUCAACUGCUACUUUCCUGCGCCAUGAAGAUAUCUACAAUGACGAGUGGAUUCUACAUAAUCUUGUCACCUACACGCGCGAUCUUAGAAUAUUUCUUAGCGACACGGACAUUCAGAAGGAUUGGCGCUUCCAGAAAUUGCGAUACCAUUUCUGUGGCUUAGUCGAAGAAGUCUUUGAAGGUGUGAAUAGAUCGAAAACUCCAUCAAGGUGGAUGCCUUUUGAGUCACGCAAGUCAGCCUUUGCCCUCAUGGAAGAUUGGUGCGGCUACUCUGCCGAGCAACAUCUCUUCGACCCAAACCAAGCACAUGCUCGAGAAAUGAACGAACGUAUGAACGCCAAUGCUGCAACAGAGAAAGAAAAGAACAAUCUGCGUGUAGCAGCUUUAAGUGCAAUGGCAACAUUGUGUGCUGGCCCUAUCACCAUCAAGACUGAUAGUAAUGCCAUUCUUUCAUUCAACCUACAGCGGAUGCUCUCCUGGGUCGACACGAUAUUCGCCACCAACAAUCAUAAGAUGCAUAUGAUAGGCCGACGAGCUCUAAAAUUGCUGUUGUUGAAUAAUCCGGAGCAUCUGGUGAUCAUUGAUAACGCCACCGAGCAAUGUUAUCGAACUGAGUCACCUCUGGCUUUGGAAAGUUAUUUCGGUGUAAUUUGCGAGGUAUUGAUCGAACAGGCAGACUAUCCAGUCGCUUUCUGGAAAAUUCUUGGCCUCGUUUUAUUCACUCUUGGGAAUGAAAAUCAAGAAAUUCGCAUGAAAGCCGCUCGUCUUAUUCGAACCCUCGACGACAGGCAACACAAGAGUUCCAAUCUUCAGGAAUUUGACAUCAGUAUUUCUGACAAGACACGCGCAGUCUACAAAUUAGCCCAGUUCGAGUAUUCCAAGCGACUUUCCAAGGCGAAUUCAGAAUUAGCCUUUAUGAUCUUCUCAGAAUUUUCUCUCCACUACAAAUCUGCCCGCAAUGACCAUCAGCGCAAUAUGGUCGCCGCCAUAUUACCUUGGCUUCAGGUCGUGGAACUUCAGGUCGACCCUGGCACUGGAGGCCCAACAGCUGUUUCGUACAUGCUUCUGGCUAAUAUGUUUGAAAUCACAAUCCACUCCAUUAGUGUGAUGCAUAAUGAAGUACAGGCGUUGUGGCAGGCUUUGGCUACGGGACCACACGCCGGUAAUGUCCAAUUAAUUCUCGAUUUUAUCAUCUAUCUGUCGCUGGAUCGACGCGAUCAGAACUUUGUUGAGCACGCUAAACAAAUUGUGGUCUAUCUGUCAUCGACUCCAGCAGGUUCGCGAGUUUUGGAGUUUUUCAUGUUACAACUUACCCCAAAGAACAUGGUCAAUGACAAAAAGCAUGCCGAUGUUGUAAUGCCAGACACUCGAAACCUACCCUACGUUGCUGAUCUGACCUCACUAUUACCAAUGGGGAACAAACAAGUCGGCCUAUCCAUGGGCCAAGUCUCGUUGAUUUUCUUGGUUGAUUUAAUGGUCACUCCUGUGAUUCUUGUCAAAGAUGAGGUGAUAAAACUCAUACACACUGUUCUGAUCUUGUGGGAUCAUUAUACCACAUCGGUUCAAGAACAAGCAAGAGAAAUGUUGGUUCACCUCAUUCAUGAGUUGGUCACUACAAAAAUUGAACCCAGCACCCUGAACUCGGCAAAAUUACGAAUCGAGAAUCUGGUGGAUGCGGUUCGCUCAAAUCAUGCAAAAGUAAGCUGGUCUUAUGAGCACAACACACGAAAAGAUGAAGAUGAUGGGGCCAGCCGGGUCCCACCCGCUAUGUCAGUCUUGACCUCUGAAAUUGUCACCAUAUUUAACCUUGCCUUCGAGAAUUUCAGUGAUAGCUGGGCUAAGGAGGCCUUGCACUGGGCAUCAAUCUGCCCCGUGAGACAUCUAGCCUGUCGGUCAUUUCAAGUCUUUCGCUGCAUUUCUGUCACUCUCGACGCAAGAAUGCUUGCCGAUAUGCUUGCUCGACUUUCUAACACCAUUGCUGAUGAACAGACCGACUAUCAGACUUUCUCAAUGGAGAUUUUGACAACACUCAAAAUCAUUAUUGGUGCGCUAGAUCCUAAAAACCUUAUGCGCUAUCCCCAAUUGUUUUGGACAACUUGUGCCUGUCUGAAAACUAUCCACGAGAGAGAGUUCUACGAAACAAUGGGCAUGUUGGAAAAGCUAUUAGAAAAACUCGACCUGUCCGCAGCUGAUGUUACGGAGGCUAUGCUGAAGGGACAGCCUGGAAAGUGGGAAGGAGGAUUCGAAGGUCUCCAACCGUUGCUGUACAAAGGACUGAGAUCUGCUGACAGUUUGGACAAAACACUGCUUAUCCUCCACAAGCUCACCGCACUCCCCGACUGUAGUCUGGUUGGAAGUGAUGAUCGCUUGGCUUAUUCUGUUUUCGCCAAUCUACCACGCUUUCUCCACAGCUUUGACGAGGACAUGCCAGAUCCUGGAGUGUUUGCAAUAGCCCAGCGUCUUGCCCAGGUGGCCGAUAUUCAAGGUCAUAGCCUUCUCGCAACAUGUCUUCAACGUUUUGUGGACAAGGAGUAUCUCAUGGGCAGAGAUUUCCUAGUCGCGAGUGUUCAAGCUCUGAGGGUUUCAUUCUUCCCAGCUUUCGAUGCCCAAAGCUUGAUUUUCAUGAUCGGGCUUCUGACAAACAAGACUCCUUGGUUCAGGAUCAAAACUAUGGAUAUUCUCUGUGAGUUGAUACCUCUUGUGAAUAUGAGAAGUCCAGCAAUCACGACUCAUGGGCCGGAUCUCAUCUCGCCACUACUUCGACUGCUGCAAACCGAGCACUGCACACAGGCGUUGGAAGUGAUGGAUUUCAUCAUGGAGGUCGCCACAACACCAAUGGAGAAACACCAUAUGCGCAUGAGCAUGGCUUCUGGUACGGCAAAGGCAAUUCGUAAAGAAUACGAACGAACACAAAGUUUAUACGGCAUCCCACUUGCCUCUGGCUGGUCUAUCCCAAUGCCGGCUGUUUACUCGAGUAUGACACGACACAAUGUUCAUGCAGUAUUUUACACCUGUGGAGAUUCUGAUUCUCAAAUCGAACAGACGACUGCAAAACCUGACGUGGAGUUCUCCGGGGAUGAUGGCUAUACGGAUUCAUACUUCCCUCCACAGAGUCGUGCUGAGACCAUCAGAUCAAUUGAAGCUGCCGCAGAUACCAACGUCAGUGAUCUUAUCAAUACACUCGACAGCCUUGAUGACUUCUUCGACGAUGUCGAUGACGACGAUAUUUUGACACCAACUGGAACAAGCCACAUUGGUGUUGCGACGAUGAACAUUCCGAGUCUACCUGAGCAUAGUACGACCCUUUAUGAUGAGCAAACAGCGCCAAUUCUUCGACAAAGUCUUGCACGAAGCUCUUCCUUGGCACAUAUGCAGGAUGGGUUUGCUGAAACAGGUAUGCUCCCAGGCACGAUACAUCGAAAACAACCAAGUGUAUCAUCGCCAGGCUACAAUAGUAUGGCGCAGUCAUCAUUCUCGUCCAUUGACGAACUGGGGGGUCCGGGUCCGUCGUUGCCAAGCCCUUCAAAGAAGCAAUCCAUUCAAACAAUUUUGAGCCCAAUGAACCAGACUCGACCUGGUUUACAUGCUCGAUCAAUAACGUCUCCUGCCAAUCAAUAUCCGAAUUCCCAUCCCACCUCGGAGGGUUUUCCAUCGAUACCUGCAGGCAAUGGCUCUUUCAGGUCACAGGACGAUUAUGCAGAUCAAUAUGAUGAUGCGUUGCUUUCGGAUGGAGAGAACAGUCCAUUCCCAACACUUACUGUGCCUCAAUCAGGCCAAUCAAGAAUUUUAUCAGGGCCAGGACCGGAAUAUCAAACUACACCCACUUCUGCCACUGAAACUGGAGGGGCUUUCAGCAUACAGAGUAUGCGACGAGGCAUGCGACGUCUCACAGGUGGGAAGAGUGAGAGCGCCAAAGAAAAGGAGAAGGGUCGCGACUUUGUUCGAAUACGAGGUCAAUCAGGCGGUCAAAAUCAAGUCGCUGCUGCUAUCCAAAGCCCAAGAGUACCAAAGGUUCCUUUGGAAUACCUCAAUGCCAGCAAUAGCAAUAUGACUGGUCUCAGUCCUACAACAACAAGUCCUGGAGAUGUUGGAGAUGUUCAGCAGAUCACAAGUGGUGGAGUCUACAAGAUGAGAAGUCACAGUGUGGAAGUCGGCUUGUUGUUGCACAGUCUUUUUGCAUAUGCUUUUGCACAGUCAGUAUCGUUGACAGACUCUUGCUAUCUCACUACCACAAUCAUAUAUGGGGAUCCCGGAACAUGGAUCAGCUACUCGGGUAUCCGGUCUUCUACAACCACCACCAGCUCCGCCCUACAAAGCACGUUGACAACGACAAGCUCUGGCGGACAAGGAUCCAUCGCAUCUAGUACCAUUACUUCGACCGGAGAAUCCAGCUCGAUGAGGCCAACUCCGGUCACCAGCACGGCGAGCUUCUCGUCCUCGUCAGCGACUGAUAUCCCAGCCUCAAGCUCGGCUAGCAUCUCCACAUCAUCGAUCCCAAUCAUUGGACCGCCGCUUCCAACAUCCGAUCCAUUCGUCCUGGAAAUCAACAUUCCCAACCCAACCAACCUGAAACUGCACAGACGCGAUGUCUCAUAUCUCACUUUCAUCGAAGGCGUGGCAUACCUAACUUCAUACGAAAACAAAGCAGCGGUCUUCGUCCUCACGGCCACCAAGUACCUAUUGAGCGAGGGGACAUAUGUCGAACCGAACUACGAUCAAUAUAGUGCGCCCGCUGAAGGACCUCCAAAUGACGGAUCUGGAUCUAGACCUGUCGACCCGCUGUCCUUGCCUAGACCAGUGUCUCUUCAACAGACGCUCGUGCUGGCUGGGAAUCGAUAUGGCUGGUCGUUCAACGGUGGGGCAUUGAUGUUGGGGAACGCUUCCUUCUAUGUCGAUGAUAUUGGCCGGGUCCUGGUGUUUUUCGGUGGUCAGGCUGAAUUGCCUGAUGAUGUGGUGAGUGCGGACUUGGGAGUUGCGUACGUCGAUUCGACUGUCAGCACGUCUUCGGUUCUUACCGAUCAAGAGCCGACAUCGAGUUCGAUGUCGGAGACCCUCACCGCGACCACUUCUCCGCUGAUCGUCUCGACCACGAACGAGGAUACAUCGAUUCCAGAACCGACAACUACUCCUAGCGAAGAAGAGACCUCCACUUCGACUCCGUCCUUGCUGGCUACUUCUUCUAUGACCGUUUCUUCAUAUAUUUUCUGGACAGACCCAUGGGUCACUUCGACCACGACUUCACGGUCUCCAUCUACGUAUCCAUCGAGUUCAGCGGGAGCCAGCACUACACAGCCUACCACAACCAACGUUGUAACGAGCGGUGGACUGACGAGCACUCCUACCCGACUGUUGCCGACAUCUCAGGCACCAAGCAGCUCGCCGACUUUGAGCAGAUUGACUCAGACUGGCCUGCCUCCACCGUCGUCGUCUUCUUCUAUAGUCAUUCCAACUUCGUCCAGUCAAUUGACUCAGCCGUCAAGCGCGACUUCGUCGAGCAUGGCGUCCGCCAGAAGUACUUCCACCAGCCUUGCCCCGACGUCGGCUGCUCCUACAUCUGCUGCCCAGACUACAAAUGUCUCUGUGCCUCCGACGAACUCGGCCGUCGUGUCCGUUCCUACGAGUUCUUCUUUGAGCACGUCGCUUACAAGCUCCCGGAUAAAUUCUUCGACAAGUCUUGUUUUGCUGACAUCUUCAGUUUCUCCGUCUUCUUCCACGACCGCAGUGUCCAGCACAAGUGGAAGCUCAUCUUCGUCAAGGUCGCCCGUCACGACCCUCCCACCGACCACUGCUCUCACGCUCACCACAACACGCUCAACAACCACCAGCACCUGGACCUCUUCAACCUCCACAGCCACCGCAACGUCCUACCCAGCAAAACGCGGCAUCGCCUACAGCAACGUGACCACACUGACGUACUACCCACCACCAAGCCGGUACAUCAACUGGAGCUACAACUACUUCUCGCUCCCGAACAGCAGCACGGACAACAUUGGAGCGUACCCGACCUCGCAAUUCGCAUUCAUCCCACUCCUGUUCAACGACAACCCGACACUGACGUCGAUCUGGGCGGCGAACGUCAAUUUCUCCCUGCUGAACUACCGGACGGACGCGCUGUUCGGCUUCAACGAGCCCGACGCGUGCUUCGGGGGCCUCUCAUCGUGCAUGCCCAUGGAGCGCUCACUACAAGGCUACGCGACGCACAUGCAACCGUUCGCGGGCCGACGCACACUGGGGGGCUCGGGCCCGCCGCUCAAGAUCGGCAGCGUGGCCGUGACCAACGCGGCCGACGGCCUGAGCUACCUGGCCGCCUUCCUCGGCAACGCCACGCAGUUGAACCUCACCGUCGACUUCAUCAACCUGCACUGGUACGCCAGCCCCUACAACAUCCAGUAUUUCAAGGACUACGUCACCCAGGCGUAUGCGGAUGUUGGGGGUGGCCGCUAUCCCGUCUGGAUCACCGAGUUCGGCUUGGAUCGUGCCGACUACGACGCCGCGACCGUCCAGGCCUUCAUGCGCGAGGCCGGCCGUUGGUGUGACCAGACGAGCUGGGUCGAGCGCUAUGCUUGGUUCGGCAAUUAUCGCAGUGAGAAUGGCGCGACCAAUUUGUUGCUCAAUGCUGAUGGGAGCGGCUUGAGUGCCCUCGGGAAUGUCUGGAGGAGUUUUAAUGCUACGAAUUGA